AUGAGGCCUGGAGGCAAUUCCACAGCGAGCGCCGGGCUGUUUCAAUGGAACUCUCCAUUGCCAUACCUAUUUGGAGCUUUGGUGGUUGUGUUUGGGCUCAUGACAGUGGCUUUAAUCUUUCUUGCUUGCUGUCUCAACAAGUCCUCAGCCGAUUCGCCAGGCGAAAAAGAAGACAAGUCUAUGGAAACUGCAGAGAAUCCGGCUUCCAUGGAGGUGAAAAUUGUUGUGAUCAUGGCUGGAGAUGACCACCCCACAUACUUAGCCAAGCCUUCUGCUCCUUCUGCUCCAACGUGCUAG